GGCCCAUUCGUGUUAUAUUAAAUAACCAACAUCGAAUAAUGAUGCUGAUGCUAUCUUUACCCACAUGUUCAGAAAAUACCUUUCGCAAAUAUGGAAGAAUACGCUCGAGAACCUUGCCCAUAUAGAAUCGUAGACGAUUGUGGAGGUGCUUUUGCUAUGGGGUGCAUUGGUGGUGGGGUGUUUCAAGCAAUCAAAGGAUUUCGUAAUGCACCUUCUGGCAUACACAGAAGAUUGAUCGGAAGUACUAUAGCAAUAAAAACUCGCUCACCCGUUAUCGCUGGUAAUUUUGCUGUGUGGGGUGGUAUGUUCAGUACCAUUGACUGUACACUCGUCCACUUUCGAAAAAAAGAAGAUCCAUGGAACUCCAUAAUAAGCGGUGCUGCAACUGGGGGAAUAUUAGCUGCAAGAAAUGGUGUUCCAGCUAUGGCAGGUAGUGCUAUAAUAGGAGGCGUACUCUUGGCUCUUAUUGAAGGUGUUGGAAUAUUAUUUACUAGAAUAUCUGCCGAUCAGUUCAGAAAUCCGGUACCUCCAGCAGAAGACCCUGCGGCUCUUGGAGAUUCGGGAAGUAAUUUUUCGUUUGGAUCCAAUUCUAAUCAAAAACAUUAUCAAUAAAAUAAUAGCCAUAUAAAAAAGAAAAAAAUGUGUUGUAUCUUCAAAAUUUUUCUUCGGAUUCUUAAAGAUUUGAGAAAUAUAUUUAUAAUCCUUAAAUGAGCUGAUA